GUUUAAUUAUUUGGCUUGAAUUGCGAAUUACAAAAACAAAAACACAGCUGUUGUGUAGGCAAAAUUUUAAUACUUAAACCUACUAUUAGAAACAACAAAAUAAAUAUGGAUUUAACAAUAUUAAUUGGUAUUGCUACCGCUCUCUUGGUCAUACUCAUAGGCUUAUUCCUUUUCCAGAAAAAGACUACGAAGGCUGGCACUUCAGACAAACCAGCUCAACGUGGAGUGCCAAUACGUGCACAAGAAGGUGUGCCUAGACGAGCACAAAUUGCUCGAAACCAACGUAAUCGCCUUCGCCAAAACGCCGCAGCGGCGGCAGCAGCAGCAGCAGACCAGGCCGUUCCUGUAGACAAUGUAUUGGCAGCAAAUGAUAACGAUGAAGAUGGAGAAGAAGGUGACAUUCCAUCCGGCCCAGUGAUGGAUGAAAAGAUGGGUGCCAAGAAACGUGCUAAAAUGGAAGCAAAGGAGCAAAAGCGUUUAAUGCGUGAACAAGAGUUGAUACAGCGCGAGGAACGAAAAGUGAAAGAAGCUAAACAGGAAGCGGAACGUCAGCAACAGAAAGAGAAAGAAGAGGAGGUAGAACGCAAAGCGGCAGAAGCUGAGCGUUUGGCACGGGAAGAACGUGAACGCAAGGAGCAUGAAGAAUACUUAAAAAUGAAGGAAGCUUUUAAAAUUGAGGAAGAGGGUUUCGACGAAGCGGAAGAAGCAGAGAAAGAGCAGCAAUUGCAGGACUUCAUACAAUACAUAAAAGAUAACAAAGUGGUUGUAUUGGAGGAUUUAGCAAUGGAAUUUAAACUGAAAACGCAGCAAGUGAUCGAUCGUAUACAAGAUUUGCAAGCGAACGACACAUUAACAGGAGUGAUCGAUGAUCGAGGAAAAUUCAUUUAUGUGUCGCAAGAAGAAUUACUUGAGGUAGCGAAAUUUAUACGACAAAGAGGUCGAGUUUCGAUAACAGAAUUGGCAGAAAGUAGCAACAAUCUUAUAAAUUUGACUCCUGUUUCAAGUGCUUAAGAGGUUGUGGUUAGUUUAAGUUUGUACAGAAUAAUGUAGAAUUUGCACUGCGUAUUGGAUGAUGAAAUUAUUUAAUCUCUGCAGACAUGUAUGUAUAACCAGUAUAAAAAUAACAUUAAUUCUUACAAUAUGUAUAUACAUGCAAGAUGUAAAAAUAAAAUAAAAAUGUUUAGUCCGACAUUUCA